GAAAGUAAAAAAGAAAAAAGAAUCAAAAAAUAGAAUAAACAUAAAGAUCCAAUAGUCUGUGCUCUUAACCUCCUCCUUCCUUCUUUUUUUUUCUGAUCGAUGACCAAAGUUUUUUCCAAUGUAUCGCUAAACUGGAUCAUGGAGUAGUGUUAAUAUUCCAAAUAGAAGUCAUCGAUCUGGAAAUUACAGAAGGAAGGAGAGUAUUAAUAUUGACAAAUGGAAAUUCAAAGGUUAAAGGAUUUGUUGUUAUUGUGGACAAAAGUGCAAAGUACUCGAGUUGCCCUCGUGGGUGGAAAUCACACAGCUGCCAGGUUUUGCACUCGCUAAAAUAAUAUUCAUAUUCUCUCCAUUAUUGUAGCUCACCCAUCUCUCCUUUUUUACUUUAGCUUUAAUUUUAUUCAACCUUAGCUUCUCCCGAGUGUUUUCUCCAACCUGAAACCUUUUUUCUGCUUUCUAAACAAAAAAAUUUCAAGAUUUUUCGUGAUUCGUGCUCAAUUCUCUUUACUUGUCACUUUGUAUAAGCAUGAGGUACAAAAACAUGAAUGAUAUGUUGCCAAGUUUUUACACCAAGCAACAUAACAAAAUGAGAGGUUUAUACAUAGAUGGUUUGGGCUACCAUGGUGAAACAAAAUUGGUUAUUAUAAGAUUAGACCAUUCGUGGGUUUUGAAGUUUAUGGUUCGUGCAACAAUUUUAGCAUUGGUAAUUGUCUCUUUACCCUGGAUUAAUACGAUAAUCGGGUACUUAUCGCGCUACGAAUCUAAUGCUUUGUUCAAAGUUCAUGGGAUGACUUUUGAUCCAAUGAAUUUGGAGUUUUUGCCUAUAAUAUUUCGGGAUUUGGCCAAUGAAGGCCUACUAAGAAUGGGCGAUAGAUCUCUUCUUGUUACCUGUGGCAAUGAGGAAGUUAUUUACAAUUCUCAAAUUGUUAAACAUUACAAUCCAGAUUUGAUUUCUUUUUCAAAUUCUACACGACAAGAUGUUGUUCCUAAUAAGACUUUUGACUUUGUAUUUUCCUAUGGUUUCCCUCAGUCCUCAAAUUUUAUUGAACGAGCUUUGAAAGUAGGUGGCAUUGUAGUUGUACCACUUAGUAACAAUCCAAUGGCUGAAUUUCCACGGCCAUCAAAUUACAAGAUUGUCUAUGUACGAAAAUUUGAUUCAACUAUUGUAGCCAUGAGGAAAACAAAGAAUGCCUCUAUCGGCUCUUCUAGCAAACGACGACUUUGUAGUACUCUGACAACAAAUGCAAGAGAGGUCUCGGGUCCGAACCCUGAGAAAGAAAAGAUUUUUGGUAAGAAAUACUUUACUUCCCUUAGUCGGACAAGCCUGCACGAAUUCAAAUUGAUCAGACCAGUUGAUUUAGAACAUCAGAGGCCUAAAGCGAAGAAAACAAAUGCAAAGGAAGCAGCACUAAAGAAACUCGAAGAUGUACUACUUGAACCACCAAGAGCAGCAUCAGGAAAAUCAAGUAGAUAUCUAAAAAAAACUCGUUAUUUACCAGAUUUAAUGGGUGUUUCCCUUGAAAGUUACCCAAGAAGAGUCUUCAUUGAUGUUAGUUUACAAGACAAGAAUGAAGGGUCAGAGUGGUUUUCAAAAUAUUAUCCUACAAAAAACACAAAAUUUGAGAUAUUCAAGAUUGAGACUGUGACUGAACAAUCAUCCGAAAAGGAGAUACCAUUGAUUAUUAGCAUGUCUGAUUGGUUAAAAAAUAAUGUAAAAGAAAAUGAGUAUGUGGUAAUGAAGGCAGAAGCUGAUGUGGUUGAGGAAUUGGUGAAAAACAAAGCUAUUAAGUUAGUUGAUGAACUAUUCUUGGAAUGUAAACAUCAAGGAAUAAAAAAAGGUGAUAAAAAAAAUAGGAGAGCAUAUUGGGAAUGCUUAGCGUUGUAUGGAUUAUUGAGAGAUGAGGGUAUUGCUGUGCACCAGUGGUGGGGUUGAUAAAAAAUUAUAAAAAUUAAAUUAAAAGAUAGGUGGGGUGAGCAAAAUAGAAAAUGAGUUUUUUAACUUUGCUUAUUGGUUUUGUGUGUAUUCACUUGCUAGUGUUUAUUGAUCAUGUAUUACUUUUGAGCAAAAUAAUAUGAUAAUGGGGUAUAUAUAAUAUAAACAGAUAUUGUAGAUA